GUAACACCAUGGUAAUCAAUGUUUGCUCUAUUUUCCCAACCAACCUAUAAUACAAUUGGCUGGCUCCUCCAUUACUGAUCACCAAACUUCUCACUCCUAUAUAAACCCUCACCAUUUCAUGCACUUUAUUCACACCAUCAAAUCCCAACAUUAUUGUGUUCUUUCUUUUCCUCUUCAACUACCAUGAAUUCUCAAACUUUAUUUUCUAAAAAGAUGGCUAUUACUAUUAUGGUUUCUUCCCUUGUGCUGUGUCUUCUUCUAACAAUGGCCUCUGCCAGCAACUUCUACCAAGAUUUCGACAUCACAUGGGGCGAUGGCCGAGCCAAAAUACUCAACAAUGGACAGCUUCUCACCCUAUCGCUCGACAAGUCAUCCGGUUCGGGAUUCAAAUCAAAAAACCAGUACUUGUUUGGUAAAAUUGAUAUGCAGCUAAAACUUGUGCCUGGUAACUCUGCUGGCACCGUCACUGCAUACUAUUUGUCUUCAGUUGGAUCGACUCAUGAUGAAAUUGAUUUUGAAUUUCUGGGUAAUUUGAGUGGCGACCCUUAUAUUCUCCACACUAAUGUGUUUACGCAAGGGAAAGGAAAUAGAGAGCAGCAAUUUUAUCUUUGGUUCGACCCUACCCAAGAUUUCCAUACCUAUUCCCUUCUAUGGAAUCCUCAGAGUAUCAUUUUUUCAGUGGAUGGAACUCCAAUCAGACAAUUCAAGAACUUGAAAUCAAAGGGUAUUCCUUUCCCUAAUAACCAAGCCAUGUGGAUAUAUUCUAGUCUCUGGAACGCUGAUGACUGGGCUACACGUGGAGGCCUAGUGAAGACCGAUUGGAGCCAAGCUCCAUUCACCGCGUCGUACAGGAACUUCUCCGCCGAAGCUUGCAUACCAGGUUCCUCCUCUUCCUGUUCAAACAACCCGGCCUGGUUAACUCAGUCACUGGACUCAACUGGUCAACAGAGGAUCAAAUGGGUGCAAAAAAACUACAUGAUUUACAACUAUUGCACUGAUACUAAAAGAUUCCCUCAAGGAUUGCCUCAAGAAUGCUCACUAACAUGAUGACCAACCUAUAUAUAUAUAUAGAUCAUGAAAUUCAAUAUCUCAACAUCAUAAUUUAUUGGGUUAAUUACUAACUUUUUUUUUUUUUUGGGUCUCAAAAGUACGAUAUUUGUGUCAUUUUGUUUUUCAGUGUUUAAAUUGUAUCAAUUUAUUGUAUUAAUUUAGUCCCUAAUAUAUGAGAAAUGUUUCAAUUUGGCUCAUCAACCAAAUUCGGUCAAUAAAGGUCAUUAAAUUCAGGAAUA